AGUAUUUUAACAAAAGUUUGAGGUAAGAUAUGGGAAAGAAAGUCACAUGGUUCCCUUUUUCCAAAUCCCACCAUUCUUUUUGGGUCUCUCUCUCCCAUCAUUCCUCCUUAACCCUCAACUCAUAAAAACAAACACACUCUGUCCCUUUCUUUGCCACUCGUUUCUAAGCUUUUUUUUUUUUUUUUUUUUUUCUCUUUUCUUUUCUUCUCUCUUUUCUUUUCUUCUUCUUUUUCUUUUGCUUCUCUUCUCCAAGAUUUUUCCUUCUCUCCAACCACAAUGCCUUGGAGUUGGGCCUAAAGAGGAAAGCUAAACACUUCCAAAAUACCCAUUUCUCGUUUCCAUCUUUCUCUUCUUCCUUUUUCCCAGUUACCCACUACCCACUAUCCUUUUCUUCUCCCUCCCCUUUAUCAUCAUCAAAGUACAUUAUCCACUCUUCCCAAUUUUGGAUUCCCUCUUUUCUUUUUUUGUUACUCUGUUUCCCAAUUUCUCCACCCUUUUGCUUCUUUCUCUAAUAAUCUCUUCGCUAUCUACUACUGUUCAAACAGCUUUCAUAGAUCGAACUUUGGUGCCCAUAAUGUCGAAAUCCGAUUUUCUUUUGGAUUUUGAGACAAUUUCUCAUUUUUAUGUUUUUUCAGUUCUUUCUAUUUUCUCUCCUGUUUAAGCUUUCUCAGGUUUCUGAGAUGAAGAUGGAGCUUGACUUAUGAAUUUCUAAGAGUGUUCCCAAGGGUGUAAGGUUGAACUGGGAAGGACCCUGAUUGAGGCAUUUUUUUUUGUUGGAAAUGAGUUGAAAAUCACCUUGAGAAUCAUUCUUGUUUGGAGAAAAGGAAAACGUUCCAAGAAUCACUACUGUAGGAGGAAACUGAGAGUGUGUUGGAGUAGAGGAAGUUGCUUCAUGUAUUGGGAACUCAGGGGCAUUGGUAAUAUGGACGAAAGAUCUAUGGAUGACAUGAAAGGAACUCGAGUUGCUUUAAUUGAGUCAUCGUCUUCGAGAUUAAUGAAGAGGUCACGUGCCCCUGGUAGUGGAGCCCAAGUCCCUUCGUGUAUGGUAGAUGGCUGCAGUUCAGACCUUAGCAAAUGCAGGGACUAUCACCGCCGUCAUAAAGUAUGCGAGCUCCAUUCUAAAACACCGAAAGUAACCAUUUGCGGUCAGGAACAACGAUUCUGCCAGCAAUGUAGCAGAUUCCAUUCUUUGGCGGAGUUUGAUGAUAGAAAACGAAGUUGUAGGAAACGUCUCGAUGGGCACAACCGACGUCGAAGAAAGCCUCAACCAGCAACUAUGACACUAAAUGCAGGAAGAUUUCUCUAUGGCAACCAAGGUCCAAGAUUCUUACCCUUUGGUAAUCAAUUACUGUCGGCCAGCAGUGAUGUGAGCUCUUCUUGGAUUGGAAUGAUCAAACCCGAGAACAAUGCGCCACUUUGUGGUGGCAACUCACAGUUUGACUUUACUGACAGAAGAAAAAGUAUGUUGCCCGGUUCGUUGUCUUCUGAUUACAAAGAAAAACAGCUAGCAAUCUCUUGCAUCCCUAUAGGACUGCUUCCCAAAUCAUCUGAUACUCAGCCAUUUCUCAACGUUGGAUCCAGCAACGGUGGGAAUGUUCAGAAAGUGCUCGGAAACGGAUCGAAUCGGUUCUUCGACUCUGACUGUGCUCUCUCUCUUCUGUCAACACCAGUUGAGCCUGGGGAGAUUAAUCUAAGCUCCAUGAGCCAAUCCAACCUCAUCCCCCCAGCCCAUUUCAUUCACAGCGACGGUCUUGGCUUGGAGGGUGACCCCAUUAGUUCUGGUUUAGUCUCGGACGGUAGCAGCGAUGCCAACAUCCGGUGCUACUCAACAUUCCAGGACGGACCUGAUGGAUCAUCUGGUGAUCUAUUCAGGUUUUGAAACAUGAAAGUUGGGUCAUUUUUCUAGGUUCUGAGAUAGAAUUGUCCUAUGUUUAUUCACUUCAGAUUUUAACUCAGCCACUAUCAAUCUUCCGGUCUCUGCUUGCUUUCUUUCUUUCUUUUUGUUAUGUGAAGUUUAAUGAAUGCUUUUAGUUUGUGUGUGAAAUUUCUCUUUCAAUGUUUUGUUUUUACUUUGUUCAGACUUCAAAUUUUGAAUAUUGAUUUUCUGGCUCUAUUUAGUUCCUCAUGGAAGAGUCAACAACUUAAAAAAUUGUUGAACAA